AUGAUGGGUCGAAAAUUCUCUAAAAGACUACUUGUCGUUCUGCGAAAACGCAUUGGCUAGGUAAAAUAAAUUCAUGAGAUUAGUUAAGAUCAGCCCAAGUUAAACAUCGAAAAUAUGUAUCUUAGUCACUAUGUUCUUGGGGCUGAUCAUGCAUUGUUCUGGUAUACUUUAACUGAAAUGCAGUUUGUCCUUUAUAACUACUAUUUACCUCUCAGUGAAGAUGAGGGAAUAUUACUCUCAAAAUCAGACAAGGACUGUAUAGUUCAGGAUUGCAAAAACAUAUUGGGAUCUUUCAUCAGAAGGAAAAUGCUCCAAGUGCUAUUUUUAGGCAGGCUUUACAACUUUUCAGGUGUGGUCAUUGGUUUAAUUUACAACUGUAAAAUUUUUCUAGCUUGUUUGGCUUGUAUUCCAUUUAUAAUCCUUGGAAGUAUUAUGAAUGCUAAGUUCCAUGCAGAUACGAGCUCAGAUGCUGACUGUGCCUCAAAAGAAGCUAAUUUACUAACUUCUGCUGUGCUCGCUGUACACUUUUAUGUUGAUUCAGUUAUUAUUCAACAUGAUUAAAAUAGCAUGGAAUUCGACUAAGACAGACAAGAUGAGAUUUUUAUUGCUAUCUUUGCAAAUAUGAAAUGA